AGCGGAGUGUUAUGUUUGGUUUAGAUUACCAGUGCCGUUUAUUUGGUCGUCCUAACUGCAUAACAGCAUCAUAUCAGUUGCACAUUGUUUUGUUAGAUCUGCUUUUUGGAAACCAUGAGAUUCGAGGUUAUUUCUCUAAUCAUUUUCCUCACCAUACCAGGCUAUCAGGCCUACAACUGCACCUCAUGUGAAGACACAACAUGCCCACCGAUUCUGUUCGGCUGCAAGGGCCAUAGAGCGAUCGAUCCAUGCGGAUGCUGUGAGCAUUGUGCCAGGGGCUAUAUGGAACCCUGCGGAGGUGAAAACUGGGAAAUCGGCUACUGUAAUGAUGGACUCAAAUGUGCCGCAGUAAAUGGAACUGGUCUUGCUGAGAUUCCUAACAUAGGGAUUUGUAGGGAUCUAAAGGAGUUCCCACUUAAACACUAUUUUGAAGAUAAUGAUGAAAUCUGCCCAAUACGAACUGGAUGUUACAGGGCAGUAGGACAUUGUGAUUGUAUUACGAAACAUACCUGCAUUCUAGAUUUCUUCCAGUAUUCAGAAGAACUCUGCAACCCCAUGAUAGACUUCCUUAACCGGUUCAAUGAGCCAGAAGGCGAGCAAAGGUAUUGCUUUUGGCGCGGCUGUGAUAUCACUGAUGGCAAAUGUGCCUGUGAAUCAGGACUCUGUGAUUACACGCGUAGGUUUCAAUUCAGGGACAUCUGGGAAUGUAACAAAGGCCUUGUAAAUCAAAAGUGUUCCAAUGUGACCUGUCCUGAGGUGCAACCCAUUGAAUGUCCCAAUGAUUCAACACUUAGCAAUGCCUAUACACCACAAGGAGACUGCUGUCCCAAAGUGCCCAGUUUCUGCACUUGUGAUUUUAACAAAUGCAACAACGAGUGCCCAAGAGGAAGAAGAAAAGUCAUGAUCUGGAAGAGUAAUGGAAUUCCUGGGAGCUGCUGCGAUAGAUUUCUGUGUCUCGUCUAGAUUAGUAAUUAAUGAUCACUCUUUGAUUUACUUCAGAAUAAAACUAGGGAUGCACUGAAUCCAGGAUUCAGUUCGGGAUUCGGCAAGGAAUUGGCCUUUUUCAGCAGGAUUCGU